AUGUCUUUGCAUCAAAUUCCUAUAAAGUCCUUCAUAAGAAUAAGGUCUAAAGGUAAAUCAUUUAUGCAUACAACAAAUACAAUAAAAAUAAUAUCAGAGCAUAACAAAGAAGCAGAAUAUGUAUUUGAUAAAAUUUUUUCUAGUUCGACUACACAACAAAUUUUAUUUAAAAAUAUGAUAGAUUUAAUAAAUAAAUUUAGGGAAGGUUUUAAUUGCACAAUAUUUUGUUAUGGUAAUACGGGUGCUGGUAAAACACACACAAUGGUGGGAACUGAGACUGAUCCUGGUCUUGUAUUUAACAUUGUAAAAUAUUUAUUAGAAUAUGACCAAAUUAAUAUCUCAUUUAUAGAAAUUUAUAAUGAAAAGAUCUUUGAUUUAUUUGAACCUAAAGAAUUAUUUUUACGAGAAUUUGAAAAUAAAAUAGUUAUAAGUUCUUUAAAAACUUUUAGCAUAAAAAGUUUUGAAGAGUUUAAAAAAGUAUUUUCUGCAGGAAAUAUUAAUAGAAAAACCGCAGAGACAAAUUUAAAUAAAACGAGUAGCAGAAGUCAUUCAAUUUUACAAAUAUCUUUAAAUGGUGCUAAGUUAUAUUUGAUAGAUCUAGCAGGUUCGGAGAAUAAUAAAAAAACAGGAAAUAAAGGAUUGCGGAUGACAGAGUCAAGUAAUAUUAAUAAAAGUCUAUUUGUACUAGGGAAUGUAGUAAAUGCUAUAUUAAAUAAAAAUAUUAGGAUUCCUUAUAGAGAUAGUAAAUUAACAAGACUGUUACAAGACUCAUUAGGAGGAAGUAGUUUAUGUUAUAUUAUAGCAAAUAUUAUAGAUGAAUGGGGUUUUCUUGAUGAAACAAUAAGUACAUUAAAAUUUGCAGCAAAAUCUAGAAAAAUAGUAAAUAUUGGGAGUGCAAUGACAUCAAUAGUAAAGCAUUCUUCUUUUAAACCAAAUAAAAGACUAACAAAUAAUUUAGCUUUGACUGAUAAAACAAAUACACCGAAAAAAAAGAAAAAGAAGGAAGAUUCGACGUUUAUUUUAAAAUCGUCUAUGUACGACAAGUCUGAGAUACUUUUAACUCCCAACACACAAGAAAAAAGUUAUAAGGCUUUUUUAAAGCGAGCACAAGAUUAUGAAAAUGAAGGAAAUUAUAAGAAAGCACUGGAUGAUUACAAAACAUUAAAGAAAAUCAGAGACAAUGAGGAUAUACAGAAAAAAAUAGAUCAAAUUAAUAUAAAAUUAAAAAAUAAAAAAGGUGCAAAAAGUAAAAUUACUAAAAGAGACGUACUUGAUAUAUUAAAUAGUGGUAAUUUUAUACAAAUAAAAAAGCUUAGUGGUGUUGGUGAUAAAAGGGCGCAGUCUAUUGUAGAUUUUAUAAAUGGUGGGAAUUUUUUUGAAACAUUAGAAGAUCUUAAGUUGUUAUUUUCUGAUAAAAUAAUAUCUUCUAUUCUAACUUCAAUAGAUGUAUAA